UGCAGCGCGGUUUGGACUUAUGAGUCUGCGCUAACAGAAAAAGAGGAGGUCCCCGAAUAGAGUCCUUUAUUUAUUUCUUUGUUUCCAUUGGGGAAAAUAUUAAGAGCGACAUAUACCUCAGGCACUUCAUUUAUUAUCUUUGUCCGUAUACACAAGAAAACUGGAUAAGAUUACAGUGUUUACUCGAAGGCCAAAGCCAAGAGGAGGAGGAUGAAGCGGCGCAAUGCGGACUGCAGCAAACUCCGACGGCCGUUAAAACGGAACCGAAUAACUGAGGGUAUAUACGGCAGUACCUUCCUGUACCUGAAAUUCCUGGUGGUGUGGGCACUGGUGCUACUGGCAGACUUUGUAUUGGAGUUCAGGUUUGAGUACCUCUGGCCAUUCUGGCUCUUCAUCCGGAGUGUAUACGAUUCCUUUAGAUACCAGGGGCUGGCCUUCUCAGUAUUCUUUGUGUGUGUGGCGUUUACCUCGGACAUCAUUUGCCUCCUCUUCAUCCCAGUGCAAUGGCUAUUUUUUGCUGCCAGUACCUAUGUGUGGGUACAAUAUGUUUGGCACACAGAGAGAGGCGUUUGUCUGCCCACUGUGUCUCUAUGGAUACUCUUUGUGUACAUAGAGGCAGCCAUCAGAUUCAAAGACCUGAAGAACUUCCACGUGGACUUGUGUCGUCCUUUUGCUGCACACUGUAUUGGCUACCCAGUGGUCACGCUGGGCUUCGGCUUCAAGAGCUAUGUAAGCUAUAAGAUGCGCCUUCGAAAGCAGAAGGAAGUUCAGAAGGAGAAUGAGUUUUACAUGCAGCUGCUGCAGCAGGCUCUGCCUCCAGAGCAACAGAUGCUUCAGAGGCAAGAGCGAGAAGCAGAAGAAGCAGCAGCAGCAGCAGUAGCUAAAGGAAUAUCUGAAGUGGACACACCUCCAGUGUCACAGAAUGGCGCCCCAGCCAAUAAAAAGACAUCGGCGUCACUGCCGGAGUUAGAGUAUAGAGAAAAAGGGAAAGAGGGGAGGGGCGGCGGGGAGGCUAAAAAGCAACACAACAGCAACAGCAUCCUUCCAUCAGCAGUGGACUCUAAACUCCAAGAAAUGGAGUAUAUGGAGAACCAUAUAAACAACAAGAGACUGACCACAGAGCUGGGCAGCACAGAGAACCUGUUGCUUAAAGAGGACAACAAUUCCUCCUGCUCCUCCUCCUCCUCGUCCUCCUCCAAAAAUUACAAAAAUGCUAGCAACAACGUGGCAACGCUCAACUCUUCGCCACGCGGCCAUAGUGCAACCAACGGCAGUGUGCCCUCCUCUACACCGUCAUCCUCCUCUUCCACGGGGAAGAACGAGAAGAAGCACAAGUUAGCAGUGGGGAAGGGGACGUCGGGAGGCUCCCACAGGGAUCCCACAGACAACUGUAUCCCCAACAACCAGCUGAGCAAACCAGAAGCACUUGUUAGAUUGGAGCAGGACGUGAAGAAGUUAAAGGCAGACCUGCAGGCCAGCCGGCAGGUUGAGCAGGACCUGCGUAGCCAGAUUGGCUCGCUGGGCAGCGCUGAGCGCUCCAUACGCACUGAGCUGGGCCAACUGCGCCAGGAGAACGACCUGCUGCAGAACAAGCUCCAUAAUGCUGUGCAGGCAAAGCAAAAGGAUAAACAGGCAGUGGGCCAACUGGAGAAAAGGCUCAAAGCAGAGCAGGAGGCUCGAGCCACUGCCGAGAAACAACUCGCAGACGAAAAGAAGCGAAAGAAGUUAGAGGAGGCCACAGCAGCCAGAGCAGUAGCACUAGCAGCAGCAUCAAGAGGGGAGUGCACAGACACGCUGCGGCGGCGGAUCGCUGAAUUAGAAACAGAGUGCAAGAAACUAACAAUGGACAUCAAGCUAAAGGAGGACCAGAUCAGAGAGCUUGAAUUAAAAGUUCAGGAGCUUCAUAAAUAUAAGGAGAAUGAAAAAGACACAGAGGUGCUGAUGUCGGCGCUGUCAGCCAUGCAGGACAAGACCCAGCACCUGGAGAACAGUCUGAGUGCAGAGACCAGGAUCAAACUGGACCUCUUCUCUGCGCUGGGAGACGCCAAGAGACAGCUAGAGAUUGCACAAGGUCAGAUCCUGCAGAAGGACCAGGAGAUAAAAGAUCUGAAGCAGAAGAUAGCCGAAGUGAUGGCCGUCAUGCCCAGCAUCUCCUACACAGCCGACACCAGCAGCAUGAACCCUGUGGCCCCCCACUACUCCUCCAAAUUCAUGGACACCAAUCCUUCCGGCCUAGACCCCAACGCCUCCGUUUACCAGCCACUCAAAAAGUGAACGCUUGGUCCCACCCUCCUGCCUCCAUCCUCCCAUUAUUUUUAUUUUUCCUGCAGGCCCACCACCUUCAAGUCUGCUCGGCAUGUCUGCGGCUGAGGAUGUUCUUGGGUUUUUAUUUUUCUCCUCGCCAGGUCAGAAGGAUGUUGUAUUGUGUGACUGUAUUUGUCGUAGUUAAAACAAAAGACAAAAAAAACCCGACAUCAGAUCAACUAGGAAGUCCCAGUUUUUUUUUCUCUUAAGUGUCUAGUGAAACCUCACAGAAUCGGGUAUGUAUCUUCAUCUCAAGGGUGUUGCUCUAUAUUUCCCACCACCGCUGCAACCACCUGCAACCAGUUACCUGCUCUUUGGUCCUGGGGAAUAGCUGCUUUAUUAUUUUACAUUGCUGUUUUUCCUCCUAAAACUUGGAAAACCAAAUUCUACUUUAUCAUACAGUCAUACGGCCUGACUUGUAUCCCAAUUUCUUUGACAAAUUGUUUUGUUUUUUUCUCCCCAAGGAAGUAUGGCAACAUCUGUACAACCGGAGGAAUGUAAUGCAAAGUUGGCACAGACUUUCACCCCAGUUAUGUUUAAUUUAUUUUUUAAGACACCAAAUUAAGCCUGCUCUGAGCCGCUUUGGGGUUUGGUGGUAAAUAGUUUUUAAAGUGUAUUGUGUGGUUCUAUUUGUUCAGAUUCAAGUGUUGAUUUCAACAGGCUGGUGUUAAUUGCAACAAGUAGGAAAAGAUAUUGUAGAAAAGUAGAAACAGCAGAAAAGUAAACCUUUAAAUAGAAUUGGACCCAAGCAGCGCCGAGUGGUGUUCAGCAUCAGUGAAAAGUGUGUGUGUGUGUCUCACAGUGCCUUGAUUUAAGGACAUGGAGUGAGUUUGGUAAUGAGAGACGGCCCAACCUUUCUGAAUUAGUUGGUAAGCAUCUGGCUGAGCUGGACAUGAUAAGAAUUAGACCUUGCUUAGUGAACAAAGUUGGACAAAGUUGCCUUCACACCCUGAUUUGACUUUCGGACUCCCUGCUGAUUUUCCAACCACCGAGUCAACUGGAAGGCAGCUUUGUCCCUUAUGUAAGUCAAAUUUAACAGAUCCAUUAGACAACACCCAAUUUGUACUCCUAUUUACCUAUUGUCAGAAUGUUGCCAUGACAUUAACCACCACAGAGUCUACUGCUUACAUCUCCACUCACAGAAUCGCAUCUCUACUGCUGUUAAACCCAAAUCCCUCGGUUUAGCUGUUGCCCCCUCUGUUCUUCUUGAUUUCCAAUUUAAAGUGGCACUGUAGCAAACAUGCUGUUCGAAAGGGAAAACUGUAAAGAUGAACUGUGCAAUGUAAGCAAAGCUUUGGAAAUGCCAACUUUGAUAAAGCAGUUAAAACAUUUAAUUUAAUGAUUCCUCCUCUUUAGUUUGUGUGCCAGUUGGGAAUGCUUGUUUCUCAAGUAAUGUGUCCAAGAAUGUACUGCAAAUGCAUUGGUUGACAUGUUUGUCAAAUAUCCAGUUGAAUAUCACUCAAUGGAAGUUUCUGUUAAGCAGGUAGAAAAAGUGGUCACCUGUUUGUAGUAGACUGUGUAGUUAAAAGUAAGGGACUAGAAAGUCACAUUUCUUUUUGUGAAUGUUACAGUAUUUGCAACUGUUGGGGAAGUGGCUGUUUUUAUAGCAGUUUUACUUACUCCUGUUUCUGGUAU